ACCAAAAGGCUGACCACAGCUUCCCGGAAAGCUGGACCACGCGGGCGAGGGGCUUUAAAAGGAGGCAGCGCAGCAUGUUUCAGACACAAUCAUCUCACUCACUGAAACCUAACACAAAAGGCCGAUAGACUCGCGCUAUACAUCACUUAAAAUGGAAUUGUUCUAUGGAUUACUUCAGAAGCGUGCAUCCAACAUGUCCAGCUCGUGGAUCAGCUUGGCUUUUAUUUUCUCAAUGCUUUGCAUGCAAGUCGAUUCCUGGUCCUACUUCUUCUCGAACAACACAAUGGACUGGGAGCAAGCCCGAGUGUGGUGCCAGGAGCACUACACCGACAUGGUGGCCAUCCAAAACCAGGAUGAGAUUGCCCAUCUCAACGGGUGGUUGCCCAGAAAGCCCACCUACUACUGGAUCGGCAUCCGGAAGAUCAACGGCACCUGGACCUGGGUGGGCACCAACAAGACCCUCACGGCCGAGGCCACCAACUGGGCGCAGGGCGAGCCCAACAAUGGCAUAGGCCGCAAGAUCCUCGGCGAGAGCGAGGAUUGCGUGGAGAUGUACAUCAAGAGGGAUUCGCAGCCCGGGAAGUGGAACGACGAAAGGUGCAGGAAGAAGAAAACGGCUCUGUGCUACGCAGCUGCUUGCCAAAAAGACUCCUGCGUCCACGGAGAAUGUGUGGAAACCAUAAACAGCCACCAGUGCCAGUGCUUCGAAGGUUUCUAUGGAGACAAGUGCGAGCAUGUGGUUCAGUGCAACAAAAGCGAGCUGACCCUCCCUCCCAAAGCCAGCAUGGUCUGCACUGACAAGUAUGGCAACUACACUUUUGACUCGCUGUGUCACUACUCCUGCGAGGAAGGUUACAAACUCAGCAGGCCGGAACCCUUAAGGUGCACCGCCACCAAAAACUGGUCGCAUCCACCUCCAACAUGUGAAGCCGUCCAAUGUCCGGCUCUUCUCCACUUGGAUAACGGCACAGUCAGCUGUGGAGAGGAUCCAGAUACAAGGUUCAGUUACGGGAAGAGCUGCACAUUCAGCUGCAACCUCGGUUAUCGAAUGGAAGGGCCGAGAAGUCUGACGUGCACGUCGGCUGCAAGGUGGAGCGACAUGAUGCCGCGGUGUGAAGCAAUCACAUGCCCUGCCCCCGAAGUUCCCAAAAGCGGCCACAUGAACUGCAGCCCAUCCCUCUCCCCAUCCUGGACCCCCUACCCUCACGACACAGUCUGCACGUUCAGCUGCCAUGAAGGCCACGAGCUCCAAGGUGCAGUCAGCAUGGCGUGCACCCCCUUGGGCGAGUGGAACGUCCAACCUCCAACAUGCACAGAGGUCACGUCUGAGUUGGGGGCCAUUACGGCUGGUGCAGCGGUAGGUGGCGCCGUGUGCUUGUCUACUCUAUCUCUGGUCAUGUGGCUCCUCAGACGGAUGAGGAGAAAGGCAACUAAGUUUGAGCUGAACAGCAACUCCGACAUUGAAGACCCUCCUCAGGUGUACAAAAACAGCAUUGACAGCCUCAUAUAGGGCUGUGACAUCACCACCAUGAGAUCAUUUGAGAAAAAAAAAAUUGUUGUGCUUCUCGCCAUGUCGCUGACAUGUAUUUCCUCCCAAAGGGAGUUUUGUAUUGAGCACAUUGUUCGACACCUUUAGGAACACGCCGGAAGUGUGAUGUCAUGUAAAAAAGUAUGCUGCCAUGUUCUUAAAAAGCUGUGAGUAAUUUAGUAUAUUUAUGUAAUAUGUUAAUAUUAUUUAUUGUCACAUUUGGAAUGUUCUUUCAUUGUCAAAAUGUCUCUUAUUGUGCUUUAAUUAUUUUUUGUUGUGUUUAUUUUUUAUAUAUCAUGACAUGUAUGUAAUCUAUUGUAAAUGCACUGAGUAAUAAAAUAAAAAUGUGAACAAAACAA